CAGAAAAAAUAGGUUUUAUAACAAAAAGAAAGGAGAGAGCACAAGGAGAUUCAAUUGAGAAAGAAGGAUGAGAGCCUCAGCAUCCACAGUGGUUUUGUCUCUACUUUCCAAAGUUUACAGAACCAGCGAGUCGGACCGUGUGUUGAGAGAGAAGGUGUGAAGUGAGUGACUAAGCGUUGUGCCUCUCUUUUCUUCUUCCCUCGAAUCCCUGUUCUCUGCAUUGGCUCAUGAUGACCUCUCCUGAGACCCUUUCGUUCAUGGAGCUAGCCAUACAUCAGGCGAGGUUAGCUUUGGAUGCUCUUGAAGUGCCUGUUGGAUGUGUAAUUGUUGAGGAUGGCAAGGUAAUAGCCACUGGCAGAAACCGAACUACUGAGACACGAAAUGCUACAAGGCAUGCAGAAAUGGAAGCUAUAGACGUGCUUCUUGGGCAGUGGCAGAAAAAUGGACAUUCAAUGUCUGAAGUUGCUGAAAAAUUCUCAAACUGCAGUCUUUAUGUUACCUGUGAACCGUGCAUAAUGUGCGCAUCUGCUUUAUCAAUUUUAGGUAUAAAGGAGGUAUUUUAUGGCUGUUCAAAUGAUAAAUUUGGAGGCUGUGGAUCGAUACUGUCCUUGCAUUCAAGUAACACCACACCAGUCAAUAAUGAAGUUCCAUCAGGAAAGAAUUUCAAAUGUACUGGAGGUAUAAUGGCAUCAGAAGCUGUCCUUCUCUUUCGAACAUUCUAUGAGCAAGGAAAUCCGAAUGCUCCAAAGCCACACAGGCCUUUAGCACGUCAGACAUGAAGUGUAAUCUGUAUAUCACCAGGUUGGUUUCCGUCAUUUCUGUGUACAAGGUUUUUGGUUAUGUAAAGCUGAAAGUUGUUUGUUACUAAUCCAUUGGUUUGAAUUUCUAUUUUCUCUUCUAAUA